CUCCUCGGUGCUUCCUCCUCCUCCUCCUCCUCCUCCUCCUGCUGUCACAUUCCUGCCGCUUGAGUCAGGCCUGGAGGCGGCGGGACCAGGAAGCAGGAGUCGGGCCUGAACCAUGUAACCGGGGCGAAGGGAAGCAGGACGGGAGGAGGAGGAAGGACGGAAGGAAGGAAGGGGCCAUGGGCGACGGCGGUGCCGAGGAGGAUCUCGUGGAGCUGCCCUUGACUCACGCAAACUUGACUGGCCAUGAGGAGAAAGUUGGAAUGGAGAACUUCGAACUGCUCAAAGUCUUGGGCACCGGAGCCUAUGGAAAAGUGUUCCUGGUGCGGAAGCUCAGCGGCCACGAUGCCAACAAGCUCUACGCCAUGAAGGUGCUGCGGAAGGCGGCCAUUGUGGCCAAGGCUAAGACCACAGAGCACACACGCACGGAGCGGACGGUGCUGGAACAUGUGCGCCAGUCACCCUUCCUGGUGACACUCCACUACGCCUUCCAAACCGACUCCAAGCUCCACCUCAUCCUAGACUAUGUGAGCGGUGGGGAACUCUUCACCCACUUGUACCAGCGGGACCACUUCUCUGAGGAUGAGGUGAAGUUUUAUAGUGGAGAGAUCAUCCUGGCCCUUGAACAUCUGCACAAGCUUGGGAUCAUCUACCGCGAUGUGAAGCUGGAGAACAUCUUGCUGGAUAGCGAGGGCCACGUGGUGCUCACCGACUUCGGGCUCAGCAAGGAAUUUGUGACUGAAGAUAAAGAACGGACCUUCUCCUUCUGUGGCACCAUUGAAUACAUGGCUCCAGAGAUUGUCCGGAGCAAGAGCGGUCAUGGCAAGUCGGUGGACUGGUGGAGCUUGGGAAUCCUGAUGUUUGAGCUGCUAACAGGUGCCUCACCUUUCACGUUGGAAGGAGAAAAGAACUCCCAGGCGGAGGUAUCAAGGCGCAUCCUGAAAUGCAACCCUCCCUUCCCUUCAGUCAUUGGUCCAGUGGCUCGUGACCUGCUUCAGAAGCUGCUCUGCAAGGACCCUAAGAAGCGCUUGGGGUCGGGGCCCACUGGCGCACAGGAGAUCAAAGAGCACCCCUUCUUCAGGGGUCUGGACUGGACAGAGCUGGCUGACCGCCGCAUGCGGCCGCCCUUCAAGCCCCUCAUCCGGAGUGAGCUGGACGUCCGGAAUUUCGCAGAGGAGUUCACCAGCUUGGAGCCCAUCUAUUCCCCCGCUGGGACCCCUCCCAGCCUUGACCGUGUCUUCCAGGGAUAUUCCUUCAUUGCGCCUUCAAUCCUCUUCAACCGCAAUGCUGUGACGGCCGACGUCCUUUGGGCGGCAUUGGAUGCGGAGCGGCCAGGAAGCUCUGCUGUGGCUCGGAGUGCAAUGAUGAAGGAUUCGUCAUUCUUCCAAAAGUACGAGCUGGACUUGAAGGAACCGCCAUUGGGCGAGGGAAGCUUCUCUUUGUGCCGCCGCUGCCGACAGCGCCAAAAUGGCGCCGAAUUUGCCGUCAAGAUCAUCAGCAAGAGAAUGGAAGUGAACACGCAGCGAGAAGUGGCCGCCUUGCAAAUCUGCGAAGCCCAUCCAAACAUUGUCAAGUUGCAUGACAUCCAUCAUGACCAGUACCAUACAUAUCUGGUGAUGGAAUUGCUCCGAGGCGGGGAACUCCUGGACCGCAUCAAGAGGAAGCAGCACUUUAGUGAGUCUGAAGCCAGCCAGAUUAUGCGCAGCCUGGUCUCUGCCGUCAGUUUCAUGCAUGACGCCGGGGUCGUGCACCGCGACCUUAAGCCUGAGAAUAUUCUCUAUGCGGACGAAUCCGAAGGGGCUCCCGUGAAGGUGAUUGACUUUGGCUUUGCCCGCCUGCGCCCCCAGAACUCGCAGCCCAUGCAGACGCCCUGCUUCACCCUGCAGUAUGCCGCCCCUGAGCUCUUGCGAGACGGGGGCUACGACGAGUCUUGUGACCUCUGGAGCCUCGGGGUUAUCUUGUACACCAUGCUCUCCGGACAGGUCCCAUUCCACAGCAGCCAAGAUGGGAGCGCAGCAAACCAUGCGGCUGAGAUUAUGCACAAGAUCAAGGAGGGCCGGUUUUCUUUAGAGAGCGAGGCCUGGAAGAAUGUGUCCGAAGAGGCCAAGGAACUGGUGAGAGGCCUCCUCACCGUGGAUCCUGCCAAGCGGCUGAAGAUCUCCAGCCUGCGCUACAAUGAGUGGCUGCUGGACGGGAGCGCCCUCUCCUCCACGCCCCUGAUGACCCCAGACAUCCUGGAGAGCUCAGGGCCUGCCGUGCGUACCGGCGUCAACGUCGCCUUUAUGGCCUUCAACAAGGGCAAGCGUGAAGGCUUUUUCCUGAAGAGCGUCGAGAACGCCCCACUCGCCAAGCGGCGCAAGCUCAAGAUGUCCAGCACUGGUGCCGAAGCCCGUCGCAGCAGCAGCUCUUCCUCUUCUUCCUCCUCCUCCUCCUCCUCCUCUUCUUCCUCCUCGGCCGCCUCGUCCCGUCCCCACAAAGCCGCCAAGGCCCCCGCCGCCCUCCUUCACCACGACCCCAAGUCGUAGCAAGAGCAGGAAAGGGAUCCCACGCUAAAGGGGGCAGAAGGGAAGUGGGUAUUUAUUGUCUGUGUUGCUGUUUUGGGGAGACCAGCGUUCUCCUCCGUGAAUAUUUCCCUCCAGUUCCCUCCUUGCCUCCCUCCCUCCUUUCCGAGCUCAUAUCCAUUCUCUUGGCGGGGAUCUGUUGUUUUUCUUGUGAAAGUGGAGGAAACUCUCUGUAAAGCACAAGCGGAUGUGGCUCUUUGGAGAUCCCGUUCUCGAGAGGCCCCAUUUUUGCCCGCAGGAAGUGACAGGAAAACCGCACUUUUGAAAAUUGCCAAAAUUGCCAACCCAUUUCAGAUGGCUGUUUGAGGGAACAGAUGCCACCGUGGGGGAGGGAAAAGUCAGAUUACCAGAAGGCAAUAAUAGUUUGCUGCCCCCUC